UGUCUGAAAUAGCUGGGAGGAUAAAAGAAAGGAUAAUUUCUGACAGCUCAAUUAAGAAGUAGAAGCUGGGCUUUAAAAAUGGGUAAAAAUGAGAGAUGGGGCAGAUUCAAAACCGUUAGCAUCGAUUUUCAGCUACCUUCUGGAAAGGACUGUGUACGUUCUGCUUUCUUUAAAUGCACAUAACUACGCUGCAUGGGAAUUACAGCCUAUUCAAGAGGAUUAUUAGGGAUGAGUAAGAGUUAAAAGACUUUCUUGAGGAUCAUGUAGCGUGCUCCUGUUGGCCAGAAGCUCAGCCUGAGUCACGGCAUACUGAAAAUCAGUGAUGUCACGCCCUUUCCCUGCAGAAGACAAGGCGAGUUUCCUGCCUGCAGAGCACAGGAGAGCAAACUUCUACUGAGAUGACAAAUUUCCAUUUGCUGCUAGCACACGGAACUGAUGCGCACCCGUGCUUCCAGCUGUGUUCCGUAAGUUUUUACAUCUGAUAACGUUUGAGAACUCGGACUCAGGUCAUCAAAAUGAAGGCUCUCAUCUUUGCAGCUGCUGGACUACUGCUUCUGCCGCCCACUCUCUGUCAAAGCGGCAUGGAAAAUGACGCAGACAACUUGGCAGAGCCAACUUUACCUAUUAAGACCUUUCGCGGCAUUCCCGAAAAUUCUUUUGAAGAGUUUCCUUUUUCUGCCAUAGAAGGCUGGACAGGAGCCACUGUACCUAUAAAAACUAAGUGUCCUGAAGAAAGUGUUUCAAAUCUCCACGUGAAUAAUGUUACCAUGGGGUACCUGAGCAGCUCCUUAAGCACCAAAGUGAUACCCACCAUCUAUACCCUGGUGUUCAUGGUUGGUGUGCCAGCCAAUGCAGUGACCCUAUGGAUGCUCAUCUUCAGGACCAGAUCCAUCAGUAUGGCCAUCUUCUACACCAACCUGGCCAUUGCGGAUUUUCUUUUUUGUAUCACACUGCCCUUUAAGAUAGCUUACCAUCUCAACGGGAACAACUGGGUGUUUGGAGAGGUCAUGUGCCGGGCCACCAUUAUCAUCUUCUAUGGCAACAUGUACUGCUCUAUUCUGCUGCUCGCCUGUAUCAGCAUUAGCCGCUACCUGGCUAUUGUCCACCCUUUCACUUACCGGGGGCUACCCAAGCGCACCUAUACCUUACUAACAUGUGGAUUGGUGUGGGCAACUGUUUUCUUAUACAUGCUGCCAUUUUUCAUCCUUAAGCAGGAGUACUAUCUUGUCCGGCCGGAUAUCACCACCUGCCACGAUGUCCACAAUAUAUGCGAGUCUUCAUCUCCCUUCCAAAUCUACUACUUCACUUUCUUGGCAUUCUUUGGAUUCUUCAUUCCAUUUGUGGUCAUCAUUUUCUGCUAUGCAGCCAUCAUUAGGACGCUGAAUGCGUAUGAUCACAGGUGGUUACGGUCAGUGAAGGCAAGUCUCCUCAUCCUUGUGAUUUUUACCAUUUGCUUUGCUCCAAGCAAUAUUAUACUCAUUAUUCACCAUGCUAACUACUACUACAACACCACUGAUGGCUUAUACUUUAUCUAUCUCAUAGCUUUGUGCCUGGGUAGCCUGAAUAGCUGCCUAGAUCCAUUCCUGUAUUUUCUCAUGUCAAAAAUCACAGAUCACUCCACUGCUUACCUUACAGUCCUGAAAUCAUCUUAGAGAACAAGGAAAGCCAUGUGUGAAAACAUACAUUCUUGGGAUCACAUACGUGUAGUGCAAGGAGCUCUAUCCCAUACUUACAUGUAAGUAUUCCUAAGAAAAAGUGCUUCCAUAUUAAACAUCACAACAAAAGCACUAGAUUUGUUUUCUUUUUUAAAAUACUUUAUCAGUAUUUUAAGACUACAACUCAGUAGAAAAGACUUCACCACACCCUUCGUGACAACUUACACAUUUUCAUUUGUCUUCUGGUACUUUAAAUCCUUACAUCUCCAAAUGAAAUUCUCUUCUACCUUUUUUCUCCUCCCUUUUUACUUCUGUGAGUGGCAUCGCCAUCACUGAAAUUUAGCAUCAUGUUUUAUUCUUCUGCCUCCUUUGACUCUCAUAGUGGUGGUUGAUUCUAUCUUUGCAACUUCUUCUACCUUUGUAAUGUCCCUCACUAGGAUCCUUUAUCCCAGUCCCACCUUUGCCUUCUAACCAUUUUCCUCACUGCCACGCUACCUGCCAUUUCACAGGUAACUGCCAGACUAAUCUUCCUCAAGUAUCAAUUUGAAUACAGCACUCAAAAAUGCCAUCUCCAAAUCUCUCAUUGACUCUAUACUGCUUCUGAAAUAAAUUAUAAAUUUUUAAUCUGACCUUCAGGGCUAACUUUAUUAUCCUAUUUCCUGUUAAGCCUUGCAUAUGAUGUAGGCAAAGGCUAAACUUCUUGCUUUGCUGGGAUCUAGAUUUCUCCUCUCAUUGCCCCUGCCCCUGACUAGAAAGCUAAUUCUAUCACCUUUGCCCCAAUGCUGUCCAACUCCUGAAGUCCUCAAAGGACCAUUUUUCUCCGAUUCUCAAGCUAGGAGCACCAUUUUUCUCAUCUGAACUUCUAAAGCACUUUCUUGUACUUUUACGACAGCACUUUUAAAUAGCUCAUUUACAAACGAAUCAUAAUUCCAUAAACACACAUUAAACACUAUGUGUAAAGUGGAGAAGGUGCUUAUCCUCUCCCUUCUUUGAGCUCUGUGGCAACCCCAUGUUUGAGUCUUCUCAGCCUCCGUGGGUCCCCACCCCAGGCUUUGCACAUCAUGCUGCUGAAAGCAUGAAUGAGCUCGAGCAUCCUAACGGCUUGAAAGCCCAUCAGAGUCAUACUGAAAGGGCAAGGUGGUCAGUAGGGCAUGGGACAACAUCACUUCUGGUUGGACAUGUAAAAAAACGUAAGGAAGAUAAAAUAAAAAUAUACUCAUAGGCUCAUUUCAAAUGUUAAAAUAACCCCUCCAUUAUUCCUUGCAUAUAUAUAAUUCCUAACAGGGAAAACUAUAUUUUGUUGUAAAUGUCCAGUAUAUUCCUGUAAGUAAAUAAUUAUUUCCCUUCACUGAGGAACUGGACAGAA